AUGCAGGCGCAUCCGCUGCCCCUCGGUCGCAGGGCGCAGCUACUUAGGCCGCGAGCCCUCUGGCAGAGGCCCGAUCUAUUGCCGUUUGCUGCUGCUGCGCUGCUCCUGCUGGUCCUCGCUAUUGGGGAGCAUGAGGCAGCAGACCAGGCAGCAGCAGCUGCGGCUGCUUCUGCAGCUGCUGCAGCUUCUGUUCCAGCAGCAGCAGAGGUAGUUAACCGAGGUGCUACAGCACCUGCUGCAGUAGUUCCGCCACCAGCAGCAGCGGCACGCCCAGCAGUGGCAGUUCCAGCAGAAGAAGCAGCACCGGAGGUAGUCAACCUGACUGCAGCAACACCAGCUAUUGCAGCGACAGAAACAGAGCUUCUUUCGGACGUUUCCGCUGCUGCGUCAAGAGACCCAGCCUUCGCCAGUGCUGCAGUUUCACCAUUGGCAGUAGCAGCAACAGCAACCACUGCAGAAGAAGCACCCACUGCUGCAGAAGAACAGGACGAUGAGGAGGUGCUGCCAUGGUUGCUGCAGACGAGGAGCUCCGUUUUGCUGCUGCUGCUGCUUCUGGCGUGGGGUGGUUUGCUUCUGGCUAGCUGCUGGGUGCUGCGGCUGCAGCGGUGGAAAGAUUACAAUGUGUGCACUGCAACAGCAGCAGCCGCAGCAGCAAAAGGUGGUGCAGCAGCAGCAGCAGCAACGCAUGUGUUUGUUACUGCAGGGGCAGAAGACAAAGAGGACUUCCUGGUGCCUCUCGAGUUGCUGCCUCGGCGGCCUGCGGCAGCUGCUGCAGCUAAUGCAUCAGCUGCAGGAAAGCGACCGCAUCGCUCCAGUACCAAAAGCAUGCAUCAGCAGCAGCAACCACAGCAGCAGCAAUAUGAACUGCUGAUAACACUCAAGGGGCAGCGCUAUUUGUAUGACUUAGAGAGAGAAGAUUUCUUUCCUGUUGAGGCUCCGCAGCACUUGCCGCUGCGCUGCUACUUAGGGUGGACGGGUCUUACUGAGGGCUCUGCAGCAGCACCACCAGCAGCAGCAGGAGGAAACAUGGAUAAGUUCGUGGGAGAUGCGCAGCUGCGGUUUGGCCGCAACUGCUGCGAGGUGCCGGUGCCACCGUUUGCUGCGCUGCUCCAGAAGCAGCUGGUAUCGCCUUUCUUUUGCUUCCAAACUGCCUGUGUUUGUCUUUGGCUGCUUGAUGGAUAUUGGGGCUUUCCAUUGUCCACACUCUUCCUCUUAAUCGUCGUAGAGGCACAGACGGCCUUCAAACAUCGGAGGGAGUUGCUGAGAGUUCGACAGAUGCAGCCCGUGCCGCCUCGGGUGUACGUACACCGCAAACACUGCAACAGCACCGGCGGCAGCACGUGCUCGUGGCAGCUCAUUAAAGCCGCAGAGCUGCUACCUGGCGACGUCUUUUGCUGGGACUUGCAGCGCAGCAGCCACAACGGCAGCGCGAACAACAACAAUAACAACAACAACAACAACAACAACAACAACAACAACAACAACAACAACAACAACAACAACAACAACAACAGCUCGCCACUGUUAGCGCCGGUGGACGGGUUGCUGCUGCAGGGCACCGCAGUGAUCGAUGAGUCAUUACUAACAGGCGAGGCUAUUCCCCAGGCAAAGGCGGCUUUGUCACUAACUGCUGCUGAGGCAGGUGCUCUGGAGGAGCGCCUCGAUUUGCAGGGCCAACACAAGCAGUUUUCCUUCUGUGCAGGGACAUCUCUGUUGGCAGCAGAAAAUGAAGGAGCUGUCGGCCUUGGCUGCUGCAAAUUGCCCAACGCCGCACCCGUCGCCCUCACUGUACGCACAGGCUUCGCCACCACGGAGUUUAUGCAGCCUUCUGCGGAGCAACUGCAGCAGGAGCUGGAGCAGCUGAAGCAGCAGUUCCCACGCCGCAAGCCCUCAACGUGGCGCCUGCUGCUGUCUCUCUCCCACAUUAUUACCUCCGUUGUCCCCCCUGAGUUUCCUAUGCUGCUAUCUUUAACCCUUACUGUUGGUGUUCUCCACCUUGCAAAGACAGGCAUCUGCUGCACAGACACCCUCAAGCUUGCUGCUGCCGGUGGAGUGCGCGUUGCUGCAUUUGAUAAGACGGGGACCCUCACUUACCACAAGUACAAUCUCCUGGGCGUCUUUGGGGUUGGCAACAAACCUCGAGACCUCGACAAGCUGCAGCAGGAGCCGCAGCGGCAGGAGCAGCAGCAACAACAGCAACGGCAGCAACAGCAGGCGCAAAAAAACGAGCUGCCGCUGCUGACGGCAUUAGCUGUUGGUUCUUGCCACUGCCUGCGACCAGACAGCAACGGUGCACCAGUAGGAGAUCCCCUCGAGCUCGAGGCCUUUAAGAGCUUUGGCUGGAAGUUGCCCUCUCAACGAUCUGCCGUGCUGCGCAGGGAGAUGGGAGAUGCUGUUGCGCAGCUGUCUCUGCUUUUGUGCUUCCCCUUCACAUCAAAUCUGCAGCGCACAACGUCAGUGGCGGAGUACACCGUAACGACGGACGUGUGGUGCGGGGCCCAGCAGCAGCGGGAGCAGCAAGAACAGCAGCAGGAUAAGGAAAAGCAGCAAGAGCUACGGCAGCUGCUGCAGCGGAAGCAGAAAGGGUUUAUUGUUGCUGUUAAAGGGGCCCCUGAGAGAUUAAAGCAGUUCCUUGGUAGCGUUCCCCCUUUCUACGACUCCAUGGCGGAUGAGCUCACAGGCAGAGGGCUUCGGGUUUUAGCAGUGGCUGCUCGUCUAUGUACGACUAACCCGCAGUCUCUCCCUCGCGAGGCGCUAGAGAGGGAUUUGGUCUUUUGUGGGUUUUUAUCGUUUGUUGCUGCUGUCAAGCCGGGGGUGCAGCAGCAGCUGCAGUUGCUGCGGUGCAGCGGACAGCAGGUUGUCAUGCUUACCGGAGAUCAUGCCCUCACAGCUGCGGCUGUUGCUGCAGAUGUUGGCAUCAUACACCACCCAAGCACUUGCGGAGUCCCGAGCUGCUGCGGCUCCAACAGCAACAAAGGCAGCAACAGUAGCAAGGAAGGUACUAGCAGCAGCAGCAGCGACACAGGAAAGCUGCUGCCGCUCUUCCUCAGUCUUGUAAAGGACUCAGAGACGCCUAGGUCUGCCGCCGCCAGUUUGCAGCUGCAGCAAUCUCGGGCCCGUCGUACAGCAGCAAAAGAAGCCGGAGACAGCAGCAGCAGCAGCAUUGAGUCUAGAGGCAGUGCGGACGAGGUGCUCGAGUGGGUCUCAGCAGAUCACAGCGUGCGGCUGCCGUUUGCUGCUGCUCUGAGCCCCCAUCCGUCUACUGAGCAUGCAUUUUGCGUGUGCGGCACAGUGCUGCAGCAGCUGCAACAGCAGAAGCAACAGCAAUGGAAGCUGCAGCAGCAGAGGGAACCGCAGCAGCAGGAGGGUACUGGGGACGCACGUGUGCGUAGGGAAGAGGAGCUUGAACUGCAGCAGGUGCAGCGACAGCAGCAGCAGGAAGAGCAGCAGGAGGCGCAGCAGCUGCUGCUACGGCGGCUUGUACACCAUGUGCGUGUCUUUGCUCGGCUGUCCCCUCAAGACAAGCAGCAAGUUGUUAAGGCAUUUGCUGCCGAAGGUUUUCCUGUAUUGAUGUGUGGAGAUGGAGCAAACGACAUUGGGGCCCUUAAGACUGCUGCAGUUGGGGUGUCUGUGUUGUCGAGUUCUCCUUGUGCUGCUGUUACAGCAGCAGCAGCAGCAUCUUCUGCAGCGCUUCCCGGUGGUGUUAAUGGCGGGGGCUGCAGUCUCUCUCCUCUGCAGCAGCUUCAACAGCAGCAGCAGCAGCAGCAGUUGUUACUGCACCAGCGCCAUAGGCAGCCGAUGUCCAGUGCCCAGCAGCAGCAGCAACAAUUGCUGUUACAGCAGCAGCUGCAGCAGCAGCGGCAGCAGCUGCUGGAGCGUACCUUAGAGGGUCUAGCCGGGGACAGCACAUUGGUUCCCUUAGGAUCUGCUUCUGUUGCUGCAGCAUUUACAUGCAGAGAAAGUGGUAUUGCUGUUGUUAGUCGUGUUAUAACACAGGGCCGCUGCUGCUUAGCUGCACUGCUGCUGAUGCAUCGUCUUAUUGCCCUUAAUUGCAGUGUAUCGGCAUUCUCUCUUUCUGUUCUUUCUACUGAUGGUGUUCGUUUUAGUGAUCUACAGGCUGCCAUAGAAAGCUGUCUGUCAACAAUGCUCACUCUCUGUCUUAGUGCGCCUCCAGAUGAGCCCCAACAGCAGCAGCAACAGCAACAGCAGCAGCAGCAGCAGGGGUCUAUGGGAGAUAAGCCUCCACCCACUUCGGUAUUUUCCUUCUGGGGGAUUGUCUCCUUGGUCGGGCAGGCAGCGUUGCAUGUUUGGUGUCUUGCGAGGGCCUGGGUCUUAGCACGCGCCCUCCGAGACAGCAGCAGCAGCAGCAGCAGCGACGUCAGGAGCAGCAGCAGUGGGGGAGAAUAUGAUGAGGAAGCAUUUAAGCCGGAUGCAGUGAACACGGCAACAUUUUAUUUGCUGCUAGCUAUGCAUAUGUCUACUUUCUUAGCAAACUAUGAAGGUGCUCCUUGGUCUCGGCCUUUGCUGCAGAAUGCUCGCCUAGGCAAGAUGCUGCUAAGUGGCUUAGUGCUGCUGCUGGUGCUGCUUCUGCAGCUGCUGCCCUUCCUCAAUGAAAUACUAGAUCUCGUACUCUUCCAUGACGCAGACUUCCUGCUGCAGCUGCAGCUACUCGUUGCAGCAGACCUGCUGGGGCCGUGGCUAGUUGCUGCUACAUGCAGGAAGGCAGCUACUUUUAGACAGGGCCCCCUCAAACCCCUCGCUCUACAGCAGCAGCAACAGCAGCAGCAGCCGCAGCAGCAUGACUAG